AUGCAGGACAUCUUCUCCUCUAAGUGGGAUAAGAAGAUCGGCGAGGAUGAUUCCAAGAAAGUAAAAACCUACGAACCCAUCAAGACACCCAAGGGUUCUGACCUCGUGUCAGUAGACGUCAAUGCGGACGGACCAGAAGAGAUGGCGUGUUUCGUCAGCGAGGACGUUGACAAGGACAAGCUCGAGCAUCUCUGGAUCGUGAUGCACGGAAAGCGGCGCGACGGCAACGAGUACUGGAGAACAUUCGACAGGGUCCUUACGCAAGCGUGUCAGGAUAAGGUGACGCACUCGGACAGAGAAAUUGCUGUGCUGGCGCCGCAGUUCUUCUCGGCGAGGUUCAACCAGGGGCAAUACACCACGGACCAGCUAGCAUGGGAUGACCUCAACGCUUGGCAGUCCGGCAGCGUCGCGGUCCAUCCGCAAGGCACAAACGUCACCUCCUUUGACGUCCUCGACGGCUUCAUUGACGAGUUUGCGGACAACAAGACGUAUCCCAGCCUGACCAACAUCACCUUUAUCGGGCACGGAGGUGGCGGCCAAUUGCUGCAGCGAUACGCUGUUUUCGGAGUCGAAGCCCCUUCGCACCUCCAUGUCCGCUACGUGCACGGCGACCCAUCCUCCAGCGUCUACUUUACCGACGACAGGUCCGUCUCCAAGAUCAACAGGAAAGACGCCAACAAGGAUGCCUGUCCCUGGUACAACACAUGGCGCUACGGGUUUGAGGGGUUCCCCGGCCGGAAAGACGGCGACAAGAACAUGAAACCAAAGGCCUACUUCCAGCAGUACCUCUCGCGCGAUGUCAUCUCUAUCGUCGGCUACGACGACAAGGCGGCUGCUGGGGACCGCAGCUGCAUGGCGUACAUGCAGGGCGGCGGCAAGCGACGCGACAGAAACCUGGUCUGGUACCGAUAUAUCAAUGAGCUCGCCCGCACGGGGGAGGACCUCGACGGGUUUCCGGGCGAGUUUGAGAAUCUGCCUGAUUGGAGUCAUCUCGUGAACGGCACGAGUGGUCUGCGACUAGUCGUUGUGGAAAAUGCCUCGCAUAAUGUGAAGCAGCUGUUUAAGGCCAAGGCAGGACAGAAUGUCCUUUUCAACGACUUUGACAUCUUUUCGGAUAAGGAGUUAAAUUAG